CUUUCUCACUCUCUCCUUUUCCCCCUUUUGUUGUCAAUUCUCUCCCGUCUCUCGAAGCCCUUCUUUUCUAUUUCCUCUUCUUAUCUGCUUCUAUAAUACCCUUGUUCUAGACCCACACCCUCAGCUGAACUCCACGAUGGGCAGAUUCGGCCUUAAGAAGUCCGACGACGACGACUCCUCUAACCGCCGGGCACUCUUCGGCGGGCGCAAGAAGAAGGAAGAGCCCCCCGCCAACCCCUACGCGAAGCCCAUUCCCACCGAUCCCUACACCAAAGCGAAGAUCACGGCUGGUGUGGCCCCCUUGUCCGCAGGAGAUAUCGGCGCACCCAGCGCCUCUUCGGGCCCCCACGGUAUCCCCGCCGAUAACAAAUACCAGGGCGGUGGAUACGCACCGAACCAGUUCAACAACACGGGAGGCUACGGUGGCGAUCGAUUCGGCGGCGGUGGUGCCGGCCCUGCAGCUGGAGCUUCUCGAUAUGGCCCCGGUGGCUACGGAGGUUUAGGCAGCGCCGAUCCCAAUGACCCCGCCGCGGGGGAUUCCAACCGCGAUGCCCUGUUCGGCGGUGCCAGAGAACGGGCAGAGCAGCAACCAGCGGGUGGUGCACCCCCGCCGCCAUACACUGAGGGGUCCCCCGCGUACGGCGGCGGCAGCAAUGCGUACAACACGUCGACGUAUCAGGAGCGGCAGUUGACGGCGGAAGAGGAAGAGGAGGAGGAGAUCGGCACGAUCAAGCAGGACAUCCGAUUCAUCAAGCAGGGCGAUGUGGCGUCUACUCGUAACGCGCUCCGGAUUGCGGCGCAGGCCGAAGAGACCGGUCGCGAGACGCUGGCCCGUCUAGGAGCUCAAGGCGAGCGCAUCCACGAUACCGAGAAGCACCUGGACAUUGCCAAGAUCGAGGGCCGUGUGGCCGAGGAGAAGGCUCGCGAGUUGAAGACGCUGAACAAGAGUAUGUUCGCGGUGCACGUGUCCAACCCGUUCACCAGCGGCCGGCGACGACGGGAGCGCGACGAGAAGGUUCUGAACACGCACCGCGAAGAACGAGCCGCCCGCGAAGGCACUCGGCAAGAAGCCUUCGGCACCAACCAGCGCAUGGAGCGGACGUUCCGCGACAUCGAGCGCGACGCCGGCAAGCCGGGCCGAGGCGGUCGCACCAACGUCACGGACCGGGCCAAGUACCAGUUCGAGGCGGACAGCGAGGAUGAGGGCAUGGAGAACGAGAUCGAGCAGAACUUGGAUCUGCUGGGAGGCGCGGCAGGCCGAUUGAACGGGCUGGCCAAGGCGACGGGACGCGAGCUGGACGAGCAGAACCGACACUUGGAGCGUAUCACCGGCAAGAGCGACUACGUCAGCGACCAGGUUGCCAUGAACCGGGCGAAACUGGAUCGGAUUCGUUAAGGGGGAUGGGAGAUGCUGGACUGCCCGGAGCCGUCAAACCCUGUCUUACAUGUGCAUAAUAAUGUUGCUUACUUGGUUCUACAUGGCGUUGCGGACUGUUUUUCAUUUUGCUAGGGAUCUGCCGGUAGAAAAGGGCUCGAUUUAAUCCACGCAAGAGAACCUUGCCAUUUCGUAUCUCCUUCUGGUCGCAUAGAAUCCACCCUCUACAGCCGAUACCGAAAGCCCACCGUCUUCCAAUCCGUCACAUCCUCAUAAUCCUCCGGCCUCAACUCCACCGAAUGCACCAACUCCGACACGUCCUGUCGCGGCUGCUCACUCUCCUGCUGCGCUUUUCCCACCGUCACUACGCCUGCCAGCCCG